AUGUCUGUAUGGCUCGAGGAUCUACUGGUAGCACAUUCUCUACGACUUCCUGAGGUUGAGAUUGCCGAGGGCGGUCUGGCAGGCAUUAACGACGCGCUCGAUCGCCUGCGUACUGGAACGAUUGGCGGCAAGCGAGUGGUUGUUCCUGUUGGCGAGGAGAAUCACAAGCGAGAAGCGGCCUCACCUGUGAAUGGGAGUGUCCCCAAUGGCAUUGGUGCUGUGUCGAACGAUCACCACGACCUGAGCUAUGCCGACACACUGAAUUCAGACCCCGACCGCGUCCGUUUCGCAUACUGGGUGCCCAAUGUGUCUGGUGGUCUCGUCAUCUCCAAGAUCAAGCAGAGGACCUCCUGGGACCUCAAGUCAAACAUUCGCUAUGCGAGAAUCGCAGAGCAGGUUGGCUUUGAAUACGCUCUAUCACAGAUCCGAUUCAUGGCUGGAUACGGUGCCGACAACCAACACGAGCCUGUGUCAUUCUCACAAGCUUUGCUGAUGUCGACUGAGCGCCUGAAGGUUAUCGCUGCGCUUCUACCAGGUCCUUGGAACCCAGCGGUCGCUGCUAAGCAGAUUGCAUCGAUCGACAAUUACUGCGAAGGUCGCGUAUGCGUCAAUGUAGUAUCUGGUUGGUUCCGUGCUGAAUUCGCAUCCAUCGGUCAGUGGUGGCUUGACCACGCUGAGCGUUACCGGCGUUCGAAGGAAUUCAUCCAAUGCUUGAAAGGCAUUUGGACCAACGAGAAGUUCUCUUUCACAGGCGACUUCUACCAGUUCCACGAUUACCCACUCAAGCCAAAGCCGCUCAACCUGCCUGGCCGCCCAUACCCCGAGAUCUUCCAAGGAGGCAACUCCGACGAUGCCAAGGAGAACGCCGGCUCCGUAUCGGAUUACUACUUCAUGAACGGCAACACUCUCGAAGGAUUCCAGAGCCAGAUCGGCGACGUCAAGGAGCGCGCGAAGAAGAACAACCGCGAAGGAGAAGUCGGCUUCGCAUUGAACGCCUUCGUCAUCUGCCGCGAAACCGAAGAAGAAGCCAUCCGCGUCCUCCAAGAAAUCCAAGGCAAAGCCGACGCCGAAGCCGUCGAAGGUUUCCGCCAACAAGUCCAGAACGCCGGUUCAUCCACUUCCAACAAAAGCGGCAUGUGGGCGAACAGCAAAUUCGAAGAUUUAGUGCAAUACAACGACGGGUUCAAGACCAAGUUGAUCGGAACCAAGGAACAGAUUGCCGAACGCAUCGUUCUCCUCAAGAGUUUGGGGGUGAAUAUUAUUUUGACGGCGUUUUUGCACUAUGAAGAAGAAAUCGAACAUUUUGGUCGAGAGGUCUUACCGCUGGUUCGGAAAUUGGAAGAGCAAGGGAGGGGGAGGAAUACAGAGUUGGAGAUUUCUUUGACUGGCGAUGUUUAUAGGGCGAAGGAUCAGAACAAGGAUCUGGAGAAGGAGAAGAAGUGA